AUCUGUUUUACCCUGACGCCCAGCAACAGAUGCUUACACCGUUGAACAGCUCUCUCGAUAGCAGAAGGGGGAAAAAAGAGGAGCUAGCAGCAAGCGUUUUGGUAUCACAGCAGCUAAUCACAACUAACAUUAAAAAAGGGAGAAACCGGUUUCCCCGGUUAAAAGACGCUAUACCAGAGCAACAUACCUGCAAAUGAACUGGUUUUCCCUUGGGCAGAAUGCUAGACGGAAGGAGAAAUCCAGGGAUAAAUCCAAACCUUGUGAGCUGCUUGUUAGAUCUUUGGACAGACUCCAGGAAGAGCUUCAUGCACCAACUAUGAACAACAUAAAAUCCAGACUGGAAGUGAUCGCCAAACAACAAGGGAUGGGUUUUCACUUUACUGAGGCCUCCUGCUACCUGACAGCUGACUUUUUCUACCUGGAAGUGUUGCUGCUGCCGUCUGGUGAGGUGCAGGAGGUAAAGGUGGCUCUACAUGGAGAACACCCCGCUCCCAGCAGGUCCCUUUUGCAUCUUCUUAGGUCCAAUAACUUUUCUGAUUUUUCCAUGAGGCUGGGAGAACUGUUUGCUCAAUAUAACUUUCCUGGAGACAAUGAAACAAAAUCAAAAAUGUUGAAAUCCCUACAAUGCCUCUGGAAAGACCUUCAGCAAAUAUCAGACAAGCCAAAUGAACCAAAGUGCUUUGAAGCCCAAAUGGGCUUAAUAAACAAUGGCAGGGUUGGCUUUUUAAUGGCAGAAAAACAAAAUUAUCCUCCAUCUCUUUACUUCUAUAUUUCACCAAAUGAAUGUCCAGAGAACUCAGAGUUGUCAUUUGAGGAAUUGUUGGAGUUCAAACCAGAUGUCCAGGCAGCCCAGGCUACAAUCGGAAUCAGCGAAUUGACUCGCAAGCUCCAGAUGACAUCUCUGACCUCAAAGCCUCCUCAGCUGGACUCUCAGAGUGAGGUUUCGAAUGAGAUGCUUCCCACGUGUUUCCUGCUCAGACUGAAGACACCGAUACCUGUGCUUGCUCAUAUUGUGGAGAGAGUUGGACAAAUCACCGGCGUGACUAUACCAGAUUGUGACCUCCAGUGGGCACCAUUACCCAAGCUUCUGAUAAAAGCUUCUGCAAGUGCAAAAAGCCCCUCAGAGCCAUUAGAUGGACAGGAGAUGUUUACAGUGGUACAAGUUUUUCCUGAGGGUGGAAUGCACAGCUAUGUUCUCCCUGAUUAUUCAUGGGAUGUUCCCACACAAAGAGCAGCUUUGCUAGCCAGCGUUCCUUUCACCCAGCCAGCUCACAUCUCAGCUGUGCUGGAGCUGCUGCGUCACCAAUGUGCCUUUAACACCCUGCUGAGGAGCUGCUUGGAUCAGAGUGACAGUCCAGCUUCAGUUUGUGACUUGCACUUUGAAGUCCGCCCAGAGUCCACUACCAGCAUUUCUGUGACCUUCCAUCAACCCCACAUUGACAAACUUGCCGUCUUGCUGGUCAACAUACCAAAUCCCCGUGAGAUCACCUGCCAGUUGUUUGGAAGAGGAGUUCAUGAUUUAUCUUCUGCCAUAUUGGACAAAUACAUCGCCUUAAUUCUGACUAGAUAUAUGUCCAUUCCUGUGGCCAUGAAGACAUUAUACCGCAGGCUCAAGAAAAUCACCAGCUGCCCCUUCACCACAGUAGCUGAAAAGGAUCGAGUGGAUACUGAUGGCCAGUCGCCUGCAGCCUCCCAAAGCACAGUCAUGCCAGGUGUUCCUGGUUCAGUUUGCGGUGCCGUAUCUGAGCUUCAUCCUGAAAUGAGCGCCGGCAUGCCUGAUGACCCUCACCCAUUCGUUCCUGUGGCUUCAAUGGCAAACUUUCAGAGCUGAUCUCAACAUAAGGAGGGAUUAGCAGCUGCCUGCGUCACAGAUUAUUGGACUUUAUUAAGAAACUGGCUGCUGUGAAACAAUUUGAGAUGCUGAUGGUUGAAUCUGUCACACUAUGCAUUCCAGUGUGGUAGAGAUGGCUGGCUGUAAAGGUUUUUGAGGUCUGGCAUUUGGCCUCAAGAGGGCAGGAAACCAGUUGCUUGUUACUAUGUGAGCCAGUAAGUCCUGGUUUAAGUGUCUCUAUAUUGGCUUGUGGAAACCAAACAGAUCUAACAUUUUUCAGCUUUGAAAAAAUGAAAACUUUGUUGAAUAAAGAAACAAUUUGGUUUGAAUAGAGAAAAGAAAGCUAGAAGAAAUUUCUUGAUUACAGUUGAGGACCAUCUUGCUUUUUCUGGACUCCUGCCAGGACUUUCACAAAUAUAGGACAAAUGCCUGUAGCCUGUACAGACGAAGAAGAAAUGUUUAUAUGACUACAGAGGAGACAAUGAUUUUUUUUUUCCUGCAGUACAGAUCUUUGCAUAUAAUUUUCUAAACCUACUGAAAUGGAGGAUUUUUUUUACAUAUAUUUAGAAUAUUUGAUCCAGCUGUUGGCAGUAGACGACUGGCUUUGUUUGUAUGCAUAUCCAAUGACCUGUGUGACUGCUGUUCAUAGAAACGCUCUUUUCUUUCAGAGAAACUGUGUCCUUGAAAUAUUCUGUUCUGAUUGGUCGAGAAAGUACACAAAAUGAGCGCAUGGUGAUGCUGAAUUUUAAAUAACUGUCCAAGCUUUUGUAAACCUGGUUGGAUGCUUAGUCUAAUGAGUGUAAAUUUCUUAUGAGACUCUUGACAUUAUUUGAACCAUUCUUUUAUGGAUUGAAGGAACAUAGGAUGUAUAUAUAUGAAUAUGUAAAUAUAAGCUGCAAAAGUUUGAACAUCUUUUGUGGUCAGCUGAGAAAGAAAUGUAGCCAUUUACACAGAAACGCAGAAAGUGUGUUUUGCAGGGGUCGUGGUGAAGCUUUCAAGUAUUAGUAAACUUGCAUGCACACGGUCAGCUGGUGGUGGCAGCAUCACACUGUUGGGCUGCUUUACAUUGUCACAAAUCUUUACUUCAAAUUACCAUGUAGAAUAUUGAAACAAAGAUGCAGGGGCAUGUUCUAGGAAAGCAAUAAUACAAGGGAGGGAAUUUAAAUAUAUAUUUUCACUAUAUAAUAUAUUACAACUAAAAAUUGGAAUAUUAAAUGAAAUAUUGAGCUUCAAUGUUUGGCCAGUCUGAAGAAUGUACUUUCUCACCUUUAAUACUAAUAAAAACUGAA